UAUUAAAAACAGAGAACAGUUUAGUUGACUUAGAAGUACAUUGACGAUGGAACGUUGGCAAAAUAGAGUAGCAGUAGUAACAGGAGCAAGUAGUGGAAUUGGUGAAGCUAUUGCCAAGGAUUUCGCUACAACAGGACUUCGAGUUGUAGCUCUUGGUCGUCGUUUAGAGCGUUUAGAUGAAAAUCGUUCAAAACUAUCAGCAGAUCUUCAGAAACGCUAUUUCACUCGCAAGUGUGAUGUAACGAAUGAGGCUGAAGUCAUAUCCACCUUUGAAUGGAUUGAAAAAACUCUUGGCGGAACAGAUAUUCUUGUCAAUAAUGCUGGAGUCAGUGGUCGUGGUGGUGGAAAUUUAGUGACAAUGGAGAGUGAUUUUAUGGACAAAGUUCUGCAUACAAAUGUUAAGGGUUUAGUCUAUUGUACAAAGGCGGCUUAUAAAAGCAUGCAAGCAAGAAAGUUUGAUGGGCAUAUCGUGCAUAUAAACAGCAUAGCUGGACACGGAAUACCUAAUGUAACACCAGGAAUGAGUUUUAAUAUGUAUCCGCCAUCAAAAUUCUGUGUAACUGCAAUAAAUGAGACAAUUCGUUGUGAAUUAAGAAAUUUGGGAACCAAAAUUAAGACCACUAGUGUAAGUCCCGGACUUGUUCGGACGGAACUUUCUCCAAAAGAAUUUUAUGAUAGUGUUGGAAUUUACCUUAAUCCAGAAGAUAUAUCGCAAGCUGUUUUGUAUGCCGUUUCUACUCCACCACAUGUGCAAAUUCAUGAAAUUACUGUGAAGCCAGUUGGAGAGAACUUUUAAGAUUGUAAAACUUGUAUUUGAAAUAUUUAUAAUUAAAUAA